AUGACUCUUCCAGUCAGAAUCUUCAAUACUCACUCUUCUACUAACUCCUUCACUAACCCCCACCACCAAACCAUCAUGUACUAUCGUCCACCAACCGUCAUUCCCUCUGUUCCAUGUGUCACUCCAAUGGUAACCCCAGCCGUCGUCGCCACUCCAAUGAUCACUCCUGUCGUGGCGGCUCCGAUGAUGGCAACUCCAGUCGUGUCUCCUGUCGUCACCCCGGUUGUCGCUACUCCAAUGAUUGCUCCAAUGGCUCCAGCCUAUGCUGCUCCAUGUGCUCCAUUCGGAGGAGUCAGAUACUUCUGA